AGGGCAUUUAGUCAUCGGUCUUCAAUUUGCGCGCAGUUAAAGUUUGCUUCAGAUACAUUCGCUCACGUUCAGUUGCUUUCUUAAAAGCGCAGCGCGCGGUUGAGUUUCAGUAUCCAAUUGGUCGGUCGAUUGGUUGUGGUAUUGAGAUAGAAUUCUGUGCGUAUAAUUUCAGGCGUCGCUAUCAUUAUGGGUAACAUGCAAGCCCGACCGUUUGAGAACCGAAAUGUGCCGAAUCGGAGAAGCAGUGAGUGAUAGAAGCGUGUUCCCUUAAAUCAUAAUGCCUAUUUCGUAACCGUUUUAAAGGCAUUUUGUGGAACUUUCGGUACUCGAGCACUGUGCAUCGUCGCGAAGAUUUGUCCGUGAUGGUUCACAACUCCAGGAUGAGCAUUGUUGAAUGGCUGGAUCUCUUAGAGCUGCAGCAGUACGAAGGCAAUCUUCAGGAGUUCAGCAUCGUGGACGACGUGGUGGACAUUACAGAUAAGGAGCUAAAGCAAUGUGGAGUGCGCGGUGCCCAUCGCCAAAUUAUGGUCAAUAGUCUGCUGGGAGUCCGUGCAAAGCGACGCCAGUCUAUGAAUUUGGAAGCAGUAAGCAGUGUCCCUCAAGUAGUUCGUCGGCGAAAGAACUCCUGCCCGUUGGUUAAACUGGGUGAGAGUUCUGCGGAUAUGGCGGGAUGCCGCGAUAGCGGUCCAGGCGUAAUUACCACCAAAAGCGGAAAGAUUCUUAAGCAACUCACCUUCGAUGAAACUUCCACAAUGUAA